CAGAUGUAAGUGAAUUCUAUAUGAAUCAUACUCUGGAUUUUCAAACUAAAAGUUUUAAUAUAUCUUAUCAUUUAAUAUCAACACAUUUUAUCUCUAAUAAAGCAUAUACAUGUAGGAUAAGACGGAAGAGUAAUUCGAUGCCUUUUAUACAACGAAAGACCGUCCCUGUUCGCCUUAGCCAAGUUCAGCUUACCAAAGAUGUUGCUAUAGGGGAUGAACUCAAUUGUAUAGCUAACCAUACCCUCUGUGGAAUAAUACAACAGCUUAGUAGCCUGAGUCAUAAUGCCUCGAGCAUGUUUGAAGACCUGCUAACAGAAACAAUGAAUGUCAUCACUAGAUCAAACAGACUUAAAAACAAAGUCAGCGAAAUGAAAGAUAAAUGUAAAUUGCUUGUAAAGGAAGAGAUUACAGAAUCUUUGCAUGCAGUUAAUAUUGAAAAUGAAAAGGCAUUACCGCAGCAUUUUGAUCAACAAAUUCUGAGUUCAGAAAGCAGAUCUAACGCUAUAAGAACAAUAUACGAGGUUGCUAACCCUCCACCUGCUAUUACAAAGAUGAACCAGUUCAGGGAAGAUGGUUCUGAUGGAUUGAAAAAGUAUACAGAUCCAACAUUUUUCUUUAUGCAUUGGUUUUCAGAGAUGCAGAAAAGGGAACCCGAUAACCGAGAGCAUAAAAUGAAGAGAGCAGAAAGAAAAACCAGGCGACAAAACGGUUCUGCACCGAGGCAAAUUAAGAGAACACGGGAUAUGAUGAAAGAAAAAGCAAAACGUGAGGAAUUCAGCUCAAAGGGUGUUCAACCAAGUCACGGGAAGUGUAAGAAGAAUCAAAAGAAAAAUAUGGAAGGUUUUUCAAAUUCACAGUGGGAAGAACGACAUCCUGACCAAGUUCCUACAAAUGCAGGAGAAAAAGAUAUAAAAGACACAAAUGGCACAGAACACGAUAAAAUGCAAAAUGAAACACCAGAACCACUUGUCAUUAACAAUGAUAAAGAUGAAACAAUGCCACCAGUUCCUUUGCGUAAACACAUUGAACCAUGCCAUAAUACACAAUCUGUUUUACCGGCACCGCCAGAUGAAAGAUAUAGCAAAUUACCACCACCACCUCCGCCGCCAGACGACAGAUAUAGCCAAUUACCACCGCCGCCGCCAUCACCGCCACCAAUUCUAACAGAAAAUGAUCCGCAAAUUUAUCCCAGAAACAGCGUGGCUAUGCCGCCCGCUCCUCACGAUUUUUAUCAAAAUUCUGUUAUUAAAGAUCGAGACUCUAUGUUCCCUUUACCACCACCAGACGUUUCAGGAUUGGAUAAUGACGAAGCAAUGGACAGUUUUAUGGAGCCACCUCCUCCACUUGAAAUAGCUUCAAACAUGAUCAGACCAUCACAUAGGCUUAAAGCAAAGAGGAUAAGUACAUUUGUCAUGACAUCCGGAAUGGAAACGUGCGACAAUAUAGAUGGGCUGCGGUAUACCAAACUGAUAGAUUAUCCGGGAGUUUCUAAUGCACCGCUACCACCACCACCACCUCCUGUACCAGGAUUACCUCCUCAUCCUACUGAAUCCGUUACGAAUAAUACACCUACUACUGAAUCUGUACCCGCAGCAGGAGUGUUCACAGAAAAUUCUCUACUCGCAAUUAAAAAGAACCUAAAACAGGCGAAAGAAAGAAAGACACCAGCACAGUCAGUAAAAACACAGACAAACCAACUUGAUGUGAACACAAUAAUGAACCGAGCGCUAGAGGGCCACAGAAAGUUUAUCGAGGACAGUUCAAGUGACGAGGACGAUAGCGACUUUUCUGAUAGUGAUAGUGACUGGGAUUAGUACCGGAAGGUUGC